AAAAAAAAUCCAUAAUUCCGCAUUUUGUGUGGAUGUCCUCACAGAAGCUCGCGUCUCCCACCUCUCCUUCGAUCCGUCUUUCUUCUUCUUCUUCUUCGUCUUCAAUCCGUGCUCAAACUGUUUUGAUCUCUCCACCACUAUUUCUCUCUCUCUCUCUCUCUCCCGUUCUCUCUCUGUCAAGGUUGGGGCGUUGAGCCGUUGAAGGUUUGGCCCUUUUGGAUGCAGUUAGUGUAUUAGAGGUUUUGUGAGCUACACGAUCUGGUUUGGAAGUUUUUGAUAUGCGACUGACUCGUUAACUCGGGCCGGGGACUCUGGAUCGGAAUAAGCAUGGUAGGAGCAGACUACAGCUAUGGAGCUCCCUAUUUGCAGAAAUUCAGGCUCUACGAGACUCGCUCGAACUUUUAUAUGAUUGGACGGGACAAGAAUAGAACAUAUUGGAGAGUCCUAAAGAUUGACCGAACAGAGCCAUUGGAGCUAAAUAUUCAUGAAGACCCUACAACAUAUUCAGAAUUUGAAUGCUAUGAACUCCUGAAAAGAAUACACGAAGGAAACAGGUCCACUGGUGGGCUUAAAUUCGUAACGAAUUGCUAUGGAAUUGUUGGUUUUGUAAAAUUUUUGGGACCUUAUUACAUGCUGCUUAUCACUCAAAGAAGGAAGAUUGGCACUAUAUGUGGUCAUGCAGUCUAUUCCAUUGCAAAGAGCGAGAUGAUCCCAAUUCCCAGUUCUACUGUGCUAUCCAAUAUGGCUUUUUCUAAGAAUGAGAACAGGUACAAGAAACUACUACGCACUGUGGAUCUCACCAAGGACUUCUUUUUCAGUUAUUCCUAUCUCAUUAUGCUUAGUCUUCAGAAAAACCUAAGCAAUCAUGAAUCAGGACUUGUCCUUUAUGAAACAAUGUUCGUAUGGAAUGAGUUUUUAACUCGUGGAAUCCGCAAUCAACUCAAAAAUACUAUGUGGACUGUAGCACUAGUUUAUGGCUUCUUUAAAGAGGUGUCACUCUCAGUUUGUGAAAAAGAUUUUAAGUUGAUCCUUAUUGCCAGACGAUCUCGUCACUAUGCUGGAACCAGAUACCUGAAGAGAGGUGUAAAUGAGAAGGGCCGUGUAGCUAAUGAUGUCGAGACUGAACAAAUUGUGGUUGAAAAUGUUCCUGAAGGGUAUUCUGUACAAAUUAGUUCUAUUGUCCAGAACCGUGGUUCGAUACCUCUUUUUUGGUCACAGGAAACUUCAAGACUGAAUAUUAAGCCUGAUAUUAUAUUGUCAAGGAAGGACCCACGGUAUGAAGCAACCAAACUUCACUUCGAGAACCUUAUCAAGAGAUAUGGAAGUCCAAUUAUUAUAUUGAAUCUGAUUAAGACCCUCGAGAAGAAGCCCAGAGAAUCUAUUCUGCGUACAGAAUUUGCUAAUGCUAUUGAUAGUAUCAAUAAAAAGUUCUCUGAGGAAAACCAUUUGAAGUUCCUUCACUGGGACCUAAACAAAUUUACAAAAAAUAAAGCUACAAGUGUGUUGAUGGCUUUAAACAAGGUGUCUGCUAAUGCAUUGGAAUUAACUGGUUUCUUUUACUGUCAAGUAACUCCAGCUUCAAGGACAGCAGAAUUGCUGAAUUUUCCAUGUGCUAGAAUGCAAUGCAGGAACAAAGGCAAUGGAGAUGGUGCUGAGAAAGAUCAUCACAAUGCUGUCAGGGACACUGACUGCUUGGAAACUGGAUCAAACUGCAGUACAGAUGAUUUGCUUGGAGUUCAAUCUAUCAAGUGUCCAACCUUCCAGAGAGGGGUCCUAAGAACAAACUGCAUUGAUUGUUUGGAUCGUACUAAUGUUGCUCAAUAUGCAUAUGGGCUUGUUGCUCUAGGCCACCAGUUGCAUGCUCUAGGGUAUAUAGAUGUGGAGAACAUUGCUUUGGGUUCUCCACUGGGGGAUUCUCUAAUGAAGAUAUAUGAAGAAAUGGGCGACACUCUUGCACUACAAUAUGGUGGAUCAGCUGCACACAACAAGAUAUUUUCUGAAAGAAGAGGUCAAUGGAGAGCAGCGACACAAUCCCAAGAAUUAAUUAGGACACUUCAGCGAUACUAUAGUAAUGCUUAUAUGGAUGCUGAGAAACAAGAUGCCAUUAAUGUGUUCCUGGGGCAUUUCCAGCCGCACGAUGGUAAACCAGCACUAUGGGAAUUGGAUUCUGAUCAGCAUUAUCCUGUUGGAAGGCACAGUUUAGCUUUUGGCAGUAUAAGGUCGAGAAUCAAAAGGUCAUUCUCAGAUGGAAAUAUUAUCUGUCCAACUAACUUACCUGUUGAAGAUACAAGUAACAAACAGCAAGAAGCUUAUGAGCCUCCAUUACCUGUUCAGUCCACACCUGAUGUCUCAACAUGUGAAAGCGAAAUGCCAUAUUCCAGGUAUACCCCCUCUAUGUCUGGUAGGGAGCUCUUCUCCGAACCCCAAGCUGAGCAGUCCCUUGAACGUGGGGAUUCCAACUUCUCAAAUUUUGUAGAUGUUGAGUGGCUUUCUUCAUCUGGAAAUUCAUGUGAAGAAGAGACGUAUGAGAGAUCUUCAAUCGUAGGUUCCCCAUCCAGUGGUCUGUCAUCAGAAGGCGGCAUUGGAUGCGCAUCCAAGGCAGAAACAAGCCUUCAUGCCUACGACUCUGGAUUUAGUAUUAAGACUACUGGAGAUCUCAAUUUCGAAAUGGCUCAAGAAAUGCAACGCCGUGGUGAAUUUUCUGAUAAAUUUGUGCACUGGGUUACAUUUGGAGACAUGCUCUUCCCGUGAUGAUGAUGUUGGGGCUUCCUGACGCACUAAAUUCAUGUAAGACCAUACCGAUUCAAUCAGCCCAUCCGAAGGAUGCGGGUUACUGAUGCAAUAAAUUUACCGGCUACCAAGGUUAGAGAUUUGAGAAAAUAUUGAGUUUUUGGUUACUACAGACAGAUAUGCCCAAAGAAAGCCAUUGUAGAUCUGCAUCUUUAUUUAUUCAUUUUCUAGUCCCCUUAGAUAGGAACCCAAAAGUAAAUAUCCUGCAUAUUCUUUCUGGGACUCUUUGUUCCCAUGCUUGCUAACAAUUGUCAAACGUUACAAUUUUGUAUAUAUCAAAUAUCUUUGGUGACAAAUCCCAGCUUGGUUUUGCA